AUGUCAACGGAAUUCCCUGCAUUUCCGGAUAAGUUCAAGGAGUUCAGCGUGGACCCAAUUCAUAUUGAGGUAAACCUUUUGCUUACUGUCAUUCAAAUUUUAGAACAAAAAGAAGAAGCCAUUUGAUGUCACAUUGAAAGUCCGCAACUCCAGUGAAUUUGGAGUCUUGUUCAAGGUCAAGUGCACCUCCAAUAGCCGAAUCAAGCUGGUAAAUUGUGCCGAUAUUUUGGGUCCACUGGAGGAGACUGAAGUCGGAAUUACCCGAUUGGAUGUAGAACCUGAGGCUGGCGAUCAGCUGUGUGUGAUCUAUGCGUUGGUUGGAGAGUGUUGGAUUCCAAAAGAGAAGCGGAACGCGUAUCAGGUGCGUUUUGAGAGCAAAUUUAUAUUACCCAUGAUGACGUCGACCUAUUUUCUUGGAAUUUCUUUCAGGCUUGGCUUCGUGCGACCUCCCAGCAAGUCACAACUCGAUCCAUCUUUGUUGAGGUCUCCAAUGCUUCCGAUUAG